CCUGCCAGCCUCCCUCCUCCUGUCGCGGCUGCAGCUCUGACUCGCUCUUUGCUGCCUCUUUCUUCUCUUUUCUCUCUCUGCUUGGCUCCUUGCCUCUUGCUCCUGCUCCAAAGAUGGAGACGGAUCCACCUGUACAACUCUCAGCUGACCCACAGUCAACACCUGCAGAUGAUAGUUCCUCUUCCUUACCAAGCCAGAAUGGCCUGGUGAGGCCAAGUGACCAGGAUCCCUCAGCCCCACUCCAAACCUCAGAGAAAGAGGCAAGUGUGCAGCCUGAAAAGGGAGUUCAGGAUAUCUCUGACGAGUUGACUCGCCAACUGGAAGACAUCAUAAACACCUAUGGGUCUGCUGUGGGCGCAGCAGGGAGAGAGGGCACCCCCAAGGCAAAGGAGCAGCCUGAGAAUGAAGACUUGCCCAACAAUGAGGAAGGGGACGGCGACGAAACCCCUGAAGAGACUGAGAGAGAACCCACGACUCCUGGAGAGCCAUCAGCAGCCAAAGAGCCUCUGAGCAACAAAGAGCAGAAACUGGAAAAGAAACUCCUUAAAGGAUUAGGCAAAGAAGGUAACCUCCUAAUGCAAAAUCUGAACAAGUUGCAGACACCGGAAGAAAAGCUUGAUUUUCUAUUCAAGAAGUACGCUGAACUGCUGGAGGAACAUCGUGCUGAGCAGAAGACCCUGAAGCUCUUACAAAAGAAGCAGGGACAACUGCAAAAGGAAAAGGACCAGCUGCAAAGCGAGCACAGCAGAGCCAUCCUCGCCCGAAGCAAACUGGAGAGUCUGUGCCGCGAGCUGCAGAGACACAACAAGACUCUGAAGGUAGGCAUCGCCUCACAAGCCACACACCUUCUGACAUGCUGCCCGUCUGAGGGCCUCUGUCACUCCUGGGAGGAAUGGAAGUUUGAGAAUCAGACAGGCUUGUGUUCAAAUACGAAUCCUCACAAUUUCCCACUUGUGGCCUUCCAUAAACCUCCUGAUCCUCUUUCCUCAUAUACCAAUCCCAUCAGAUGGACCGGAAAAAUUAAAGAAGACCACCAUCUGGACAAAAUAUUUAAGCACAGAGAACUGCAGCAGAAGCUGGUAGAUGCCAAACUUGAGCAGGCGCAGGAAAUGAUGAAGGAAGCAGAGGAGCGGCACACCCGAGAAAAGGAAUAUCUCCUGAACCAGGCAGCAGAGUGGAAGCUUCAGGCCAAAGUGCUGAAGGAACAAGAGACAGUCCUGCAGGCUCAGCUGACGCUCUACUCGGGGCGGUUUGAAGAGUUCCAGAACACUCUGACAAAGAGCAACGAGGUGUUUGCCACUUUCAAGCAGGAAAUGGACAGAACAACUAAGAAAAUGAAGAAGCUGGAGAAGGACACGGCCACGUGGAAAGCGCGCUUCGAGAACUGCAACAAAGCCCUCUUGGACAUGAUUGAGGAGAAAGCGCUGAGGGCGAAAGAGUACGAGUGCUUCGUGAUGAAAAUUGGGAGGCUGGAGAAUCUCUGUCGAGCUUUGCAAGAAGAGAGAAACGAGCUCUACAAGAAGAUCAGAGAAGCCAAGAUGCCUGAAGAGGAAGACCCAAGCCAGCACCCCUCCAGUGAGGAGUCCGAAGUAGGCGUGCCUGGGAAGGAAGAGGUCGACUCGGAGGAGGUCCGGAGUGUCCAGGAGGCUGUGAAGAACCUGGCCGCAGCCUUCAUGGUCAUCCAUCCUCCAGAACCCGCCCUCAAGCAGCCCAAAGAGAUCCCCCCAGAAUCAGGCAGCCUUCAAGGUCCAGAUGAUGCAGCCCACCAGGAGCCAGAGCAAGCCCCUCUGUUUCUUUCCUUGGAGUCUGAGAGUCCACUGCCUCCCCCAACACCUCAGGCUAACGCCCAAGGAAGCAACGAGGCAGAACUUCCCCCCCAAGUCAUUGAACCCCACACUGGGCUGGGAGCAGAGGCCUGUGGGAAGAGCCUCCCCACUGGAGCCCAGCAUGUUCAGCCACCCCGGAAACCAGAGGUAGAAGCAACCUCCGCACUGUCCCCAGCUCAUGCCUCGGGACCAGCGAAGGAGGCAAAGGGUCGUGGCCCGGUCCUCCUGGUGCAUGAGGAAGCUUUAGCUGGGGUGCCUGGAUGUGAGGCUAGGACGGAGUGUUCACCACCACCAGUGGCUGGUGGAUUGCUAGCAGAGCCCUCAGUGCAGCGGCAGCUGCCCCAAGAGGCUGACCCCAACCUGGAGGGAGUAGACUAGCCUCACCCUACCCUCUGAGGCACCUCCUCCAGACCUCCCAUCUUCCCAUCCCACCUCUGAAUGAGAUGUAAGCAGCUAGCUGCAUGUCAGGAGGAAGAGCCUUAGUUAGGACCCAGACAUUGUAGAGGGCAUAUGCAACAUUUGCUCUUUGUCCUCCGUUUUUAACUGAUAUGGAGGAAUAGCUUCCAAUAGCAAGUUUAUACAAAAUGGCUGUUAAGAAGGUAUUUAAUUCAAUUUCUGAUUCAACAGCAAGAUGGGGUGUUUAAAAACUUCCUCUGCAAUAAAGCGUUGCUCUAUUUAUUUCUACAUAUCAUCCAAUGUUUCACAAUAAGCAAUGGCUGCCCAAGUUUCAUUUAAAUAUAUAUUUAUAUAUAUACUCA